AUGCCAACGCCAAGUUCCUCUAGCAGCGAUGAGACAGAUAAGGAGCCCAGCGGGAGCCCACGCCGUCCGCUUCCGCAGGUGAAGGUUCCCGUAUUUCCGGAAGCAAGCCGACCGCGGGGACAGAAGAAGCGGGUGCGUGACGCAGAGACGCCGGAGACAAGGCGCCGACGAACGGAGAAGAAGCGGAAAGCUUACACCGUCAAGGAGAAGCUUUACUGGCUCAAGAUGCUUGACGCGCAGCCCCCUAUGAGCGUCCGAGGUUUGGCCAAGCUCGCCAAAGUCCAGCCGAAGCAGAUCCGCGACUGGCGCAACUUGAAGGAGCGGCUCGACAAAGCGGCAGGGUGUCGCCAACGUCUCACUGGUGCUGGACGAAAGCCAAACGAGGAUCAUCUGAUCCUCGCUCACCUCCGCGAUAAGGCGGAGGUGGAGGUGCUGGAGGAUGUGUGCGAGGAGGAUCUUGAGGAGCUCGUCCCCAACCCGUUCUAUCCUGACCCUGCUGCCCCUUCGAGCAAGGACAAGGAUGCUGCCUCCUCUUCAGCUGAGGAGGAGGAGGAGGAGGAGGAGGAGGAGGAGGAGGAGGAGGAGGAGGAGGAGGACACGGACGAGGAGGAGGGGGACGAGGAGGACGAGGAGGGUGAGGAGGGUGAGGAGGAAGGCGGUGCAGAGGUGGAGGGUGGAGCGGGUGAGGAGGAGGAUGAUGGCGAUGAGUGGUGGGCAGAAGGGCGAUAUGAGGGGGAGGAGGUGGAGAUCUGGGUUGCUGGAGAGGAUUAG